GACGGGCACGAGGGCGUGUCGAGCGAGGCGGCGAGGCUACGGGCCGACCUCGUGGCGCUCCAGACGGAGGCGGCGGCCGCGCAGCGGACCCGCAUCCAGGACGAGAUGAAGCACCACCGCGUGCUGAACGACCAGGCUCGCCUGCGCGGCGAGAACGACCAGCUCCGCGCGGGCCUCGAGGAGGAGCGCCGCGCCCGCUGCGACGCGGAGGCCCGGCGCGAGGAGGCCGACGUUGGCGCCGCGGCCCUGCGCCUCGAGAGGGAGCGGCUCGCCGACGACGUGGAGGCGGAGAGGCGUGCCGCCGGCCUGCACAAGCUGAAGCACGAGGAAGCCCGGCUCGCGCAGGAGCAGGCGCGCGCGGAGUGCGAGAUUCUGCGGACCGGCCUCGACGCCGAGAGGCUGGCCCGGGAGGAGGCCGACGGCGCCCGGGAGCGGGCGGAGGCCGAGGGGCGCGAGGGCCGGGCCGAGGCGGGCGAGCAGCGCGAGGCAGCGGCACGGGCGGGGGAGCGGGCGGAGGAGCUCGCCCGGUCGCUGGAGCACCUGGGCACGGAGUACAGGGAGGAAUUGAAGGGCAGGGCCGAAGCCAGCGAGGGCGUCCUGGAGCUCGGGGGCGAGCUGGCGGAGUGCCGGGCCGAGCAGGCCCAGGAGCGCGCGGCGCGCGAGGCGGCCGCGGAGGCGGCGGCGGCGCGCGAGGCGGGGCUGCUGGCGGGCCUGGUCGAGGCGCAGGGCGAGCUGCAGCAGGCCGCUGGCGCCGCCGAGGCGGCGCAGGCGUGCGAGGCGGCGGAGUCGGCGCGGGCGCUCGAGGGCAGGAUGGCGCUGGAGGCCGAGGUGCUCAAGCUGGAGGCCGGGCAGGCUUGGGAGCGGGCGAGGGCGAGCGAACUGCAGGAACAAGCCAGCGCCGUGCAGGCGGAGUUGUCCGAGGAGGCGCGCCGCGGGGCGUCGGCCGCCGAGGAGAAUGAAGCGUGCGCCGAGGAGCUGCGCGAGCUGAGAGGACAGGCGUUGGGGGAGCUCGCCGCGGAGCGGCACCGCGCGGAGCAGAGCGAGCGGCGAGCCUGCGAGCUGAGUGCGCAGGCGGGCGAGCUGCGCCUGGCGCGCGCCGAGGCGGCCUCUCAGGCAGCGGCCGCCCAGGAGGCGCUGGAGGCAGCGCGGCACGACGCCUCCGGCCUGUCGGAGGCGCUGGAGAGGUGGAGGUCCGAGUACGCGGCCGCCGCGCAGGAGGCCGCCGCGGUGCCCGAGCACCGCAGGGCGCUCGCGGAGCUCGAGGAGCGGCGCGCGGGCGCCCUGGGCGAGGCGGCCGCCCUCCGCGCGGAGGCCGCCGCGUGCGCCGCGCGCGCGGGGGAGCGGCUCGAGGAGCAGAGGCGGGCCGCGGAGCGCGAGGCUGCCCAUGCGCGCGAGGAGAUCGGCCGCCUGAGCGAGGAGGUGGGGCGGCUGGAGCUGCUGGCCACCGAGCGGGGAGGCGGCCGCGAGCGCGCCGAGGCCGCCGCCCGCGAGGCGACGGAGAGGCUGCAGGCCGAGCAGCGCGGGUGGGAGGCCGCGCGCGAGGAGGCCGCGAGGGAGAGCGAGCGGCUGGGGAGGGAGGUCGAGGAGGCCGGGCGCCUGCGGGGCGAGCUGGAGCGGCAGAUGGCGGAGGAGUCGCGGAGGUGGCGGCAGGAGGCCCUCGGUGCGCGCGAGCGGCUCUCCGUCGCGGAGGCCGAGGUCGGCCAGGAGCGGCAGAGGGCCCAGCGGCACCGCGGAGAGCUGGAGCAGCAGCUCGCGGAGGAGGCCCGGAGGCGGCAGCACGAGGCGCUGGGCUCCCAGGAGCAGCUGGCCGCUGCCGAGGCCCAGGUGGAGGCCAGCAGGCGGGAGGCGCUGGCCGCAGCGGACCGCGAGAGGAAGGCGGUAGCGAAGGCUCAGGCGCACGGCGCCCGGGCAGCGGCCGAGGUGGCAAGCCUGCAGGGGACGCGCAACGAGCUGGAGCGCAGGGUCCUGCAGGUCCAGGCCACCAGCGUGCGCGGCAUGUGCGAGCUGCGCGAGGCCCACAACGACGAGAUCGAGCGCGUGACCGAGGAGCUCCAGGAGGCGCAGCAGGCACAGCUGCUCGGCGCGGAGGCGCUGGCCCGGGAGGGCUCCACGCUGCAGAGCCUGCGCGGCGAGUUGCAGACCGCCGAGGAGGCGAGGCAGCUUGCCGAGGACACCCUUCGAGAGCGGAGCGCGGCUGUCGAGGAGAUGGCGCGGGCGACGCAGGACGGCGAAGCUGCGCUGCGGGAGCGGGACGCGGCCAUCGCGAGCUUGCAGGACGCCUUGGUGCAGGCGAAGUCGCGCGCCGAGGAUGCCUUGGGAGAGCGGGACGCUGUCGUCGCGAGGCUGGAGAGUGCCCUGGCGCAUGCCAAGGAGCACAACGAGGAAGCGCUGGCCAGCCAGGCGGCCCUGCUCGAUGGUUGCCGGCAGGAGCUGGCGGAUUCGAAGUUGGGCCUGCGUCAGGAGCUCCAGGAGGCGCAGCAGGCACAGCUGCUCGGCGCGGAGGCGCUGGCCCGGGAGGGCUCCACGCUGCAGAGCCUGCGCGGCGAGUUGCAGACCGCCGAGGAGGCGAGGCAGCUUGCCGAGGACACCCUUCGAGAGCGGAGCGCGGCUGUCGAGGAGAUGGCGCGGGCGACGCAGGACGGCGAAGCUGCGCUGCGGGAGCGGGACGCGGCCAUCGCGAGCUUGCAGGACGCCUUGGUGCAGGCGAAGUCGCGCGCCGAGGAUGCCUUGGGAGAGCGGGACGCUGUCGUCGCGAGGCUGGAGAGUGCCCUGGCGCAUGCCAAGGAGCACAACGAGGAAGCGCUGGCCAGCCAGGCGGCCCUGCUCGAUGGUUGCCGGCAGGAGCUGGCGGAUUCGAAGUUGGGCCUGCGUCAGGAGCUCCAGGAGGCGCAGCAGGCACAGCUGCUCGGCGCGGAGGCGCUGGCCCGGGAGGGCUCCACGCUGCAGAGCCUGCGCGGCGAGUUGCAGACCGCCGAGGAGGCGAGGCAGCUUGCCGAGGACACCCUUCGAGAGCGGAGCGCGGCUGUCGAGGAGAUGGCGCGGGCGACGCAGGACGGCGAAGCUGCGCUGCGGGAGCGGGACGCGGCCAUCGCGAGCUUGCAGGACGCCUUGGUGCAGGCGAAGUCGCGCGCCGAGGAUGCCUUGGGAGAGCGGGACGCUGUCGUCGCGAGGCUGGAGAGUGCCCUGGCGCAUGCCAAGGAGCACAGCGAGGAAGCGCUGGCCAGCCAGGCGGCCGUGCUCGAUGGUUGCCGGCAGCAGUUCGUGGAGUCACAAAGUGUUCGGCAACACGAGGCGGAGGCGCUAGCGUUGGAGGAAGCCGCGCUCAGCAGCCUGCGCUCGGAGCUCCACGCUGCCGAGCAGGCGAGGCAGCGCAGUGCAGGCGUGCUGCAAGAGCGGGACGCACUCGUCUCGACUCUGCAGGACGCGCUGGCUCAGGCGUGGGGCAGCGGCGAGGCGUUGUUGUGUGAGCGGGACUCCAUCAUUGCGAGCCUGCGAUGCGACCUAGCACGUGCCACGGGGCGCAACGAUGACGACAGCCAGGGUGGCGCGCUCGAGUGCCUGCGUCAGGAGCUGGUCGCCGCCGAGACUGCGGAUGCAGACAGCAAAGGGUCGCUUGCCCGACACGAGGCUGCGCUCGAGAGGCUUCGAGGCGAGCUCCAGGAGGCGCAGCAGGCGCGGCAGCAAGGUGCUGAGACGCUUGCGUCCCGGGAGGGCGCCUGUGAGAGCCUGCGCAGCGAGUUGCACGACGCCGAGCAGACAAUUCAGCGCAGCGAGGUGGUGGCCUCGGACCACGGCAACAUUAUUGAGAGCGCACAGCAUGAGUUUCAGGCAGCUGCCGAGGUGCACCGCGCGGCAUUGGCAGAGCGAGAGGCGGUGCUGGAGAGCCUCAUGCACGAACUCCACCAGUCCCAGCAGGCCGCGCAGCACGAAGAGGUGGCUCUGUCUGAGCAGGCGUCGGUGGUCGGAGGCCUGCAGUGUGAGCUCCUGGCGGCCAAGCAGGCAGAGCUGCGCGCCGAGGAUGUGCUGCAGGAGCGGGGCACCAUGCUGGAUGCCCUGCGGCGUCAGCUCGAGGAGACCGAGCAGGCGAAGGAGCGGGGCAUCCAGGCGGCUUCCGACGGCGAGGCAUCGCUCGGGAGCUUGAGGCAGCAGCUUCACGCCUCUCAGCAGGCGCAGCAGCACCACGAGGCGGCGCUCGCUGAGCACGAGGCCUCGCGGGCAAGCUGGAGCGCCGAGCACGAGGCAGCCCUGGAGCGGCUGGAGCAGACCGAGCUGGCCAGCGGAGACUCCGAGGCACGGCUGCAGGGCUGCGAACAGAACUUCGCCACCCUGCAAGCGCACCUCGCUAGCCAGCAGCUCGCCGCUCAGCAGGAGAGCGCCAAGCUGCGGGCCUCCGUGCAGGCCGCGCAGAGGGAGAACCUGCUCCUGGCCGCCGAGAACGAGCACCUGCGCGGCCGGGCGCGAGAGGCGGCGGAGCAGUAUGCGGCGGCCCAGGCAGCGGAGGCCCUGCUGCACAUGGAGUCGCACCGCCUGCGCGGGCAAGUCGAGUCGGCCGUCGCGAGGUGCACCAGCGCGCAGCGCGAGCUGGCCGCGUGCAGGGUGCGCGAGAAGGCCUUCGGCCAGCUGGCCAGCGAAGACAGCGCCUCGGAGCUGCAGGAGCUGUCCUGCCACCUCGAGGAGGUGGUCGGGCAGCUGGCGGUCUACGAGCAGCAGAAGGCCGAGCUGUCCCAGCAGGCUGCCGUGUCGAUGGAGGAGCUGACGCUCCAGAGAUGCCACACUGAAGACCUGGAAGAGCGGCUGCGGACCACAGUGAUGAUGCUGGACGGAGCACAGCAGCAGGCACAGUCCAGCACCUUGAAGACCGUGCAGGCGUGCGCCAAGCAGGUGAUGCAGGCGGAGGCGCAGCAGGAGGCCGCGAGUGACAAGGCCGAGAUGACGCAGCGCCACUGCUCGGAGCUGGAGUCCAGGGUCUUCGCGCUGCAGGCUGAGCUGCAGGUGGAGAAGUACCGCAACCUCGCGCUAGAGGCGCGCAGUGCCACUCCGCCGCAGCCCACGCUGUCCGCGCUCACCGCCCAGUCCAGGCAGUCGAAGCACUCCGAGGCGAUGGAGGAGGAGAUACGCGAGCACAUCAGCGACAUAGCGGAGAGGCACCAUCGCUGCGACGGGCUCUUCAGGAAGCAGGAUGCUCGGUUGUUGGCCCUGGAGUCCCGCUGCAGGGAGGCCGAGAGCGCCGCGCGAGCGGGGGACCUGGAGAUCGCGAGGCUGCGCGAGGCGCUGGCGUCGCAGCUGCACGCAGCUGCCGUGACAAACGAGCUGCUGAGCAGUUCGGAGGUGCACGAUGGAGCGCCCCACAGCGCCAGCCGGGGAUCGCUCGCCGGUUCCCUCCACGGCUCCCCCCCGCUCAGCGCGGGCCUCGGCCAGAAGGAGCUGCUGCAGCACGACAGCCGAUGUUCCAUCCACGGCUCCCUCCAGAGAGGCCCCGAGCUGCACGGCGGCCACCCCUACGGCUCCCCUCCGCCUGGCGUCCGUCGCAGCCCCAGCCCCAGCCCUCAGAGCGCCCGGGCGCAGCAGGGGCUCGCGAGCCCAACCUUCGGGGCGCCGGGCGCCGCCCACGGCGGCCUGCGGGGGGAGGCCCACCGCGUCGUCGUGCCAGACUGCGAGGUGGAGGUCGGCUGCCGGGCGGACCGCCUCGGCAGCCUUCUCCGCAGCCCGCUCAGAUCCCAGGUCGUCAGAGGUACGGGCCUGGAGUCUCUGAGCCCGGAGCAGAGGAGAAGGAGCAUCGUCGGGUCGUCGGCGACCACUUUUGACGGCUCCUCGGCUGUCCCAUCUUCCUUGCCGACAUCGACAGACGCCACAGACCCGCACGUACAGGUUGUCCGUGGUUUGCUUGAUCAGCGGACCGAGGUGGUGCGGGCUGCAGGAAUCUCCGCGUCGUGCUCGCUGCAGGGCUCCAGCUGCACGACGGCCACGGCGCGGUGA